CCAUUAUUUGUCACAUCGUCAGCUGAGCCAGCAGCAGCCACACUACACCCGUCGCCAUAUCGCCAGCGCUAACAUGGACGACGGCGGAGGCGAGCCGACCAAGUACCGCGGCGUGCGGCGGCGGCCGUGGGGCAAGUACGCGGCGGAGAUCCGCGACUCGAGCCGCCACGGAGUGCGCAUCUGGCUGGGCACCUUCGACACCGCCGAGGAGGCCGCCAGAGCGUACGACCGAUCCGCCUACUCCAUGCGCGGCGCCAACGCCGUGCUCAACUUCCCGGAGGACGCGGCCGUCUAUGCCGCGGCCUUCCGCGGCGGCUCCGGUGGAUCCUCCUCGUCGUCCAGACAGCAGCAGCACGGCGGCAGGGACGUGAUCGAGUUCGAGUACCUCGACGACGAGGUGCUGCAGGAGAUGCUCAAGAGCCACGAGCCGUCGUCGUCGUCCGCGCGGAAUAAGAAGAAGUAGCGAUCGAGCGAAUGCGCGCAGGUUGGUGUUGGACACAUGAUCGAGAUAGAAUGCCAUGUAUGCGUGGGUUACGUACAUGCAAUUGUUUGCAUGCAGUGCGUGCGUGCAGUGACUACCGGCCGGCUGGCUCCUGGAUAUCGGGCCUGCUACGUGCUACCAUAAUUAAGCCAUCUCUAAUUCCCUAGCUAUGGAGUAUGCUGGUAGAGUACUAUAUAUGUACAUUAAAAUGUCAGCUCCCUUCUCUAAUUUGGCAGGAGUACUAGCUAACUACUUACAUGAGUGGCAUAUACUCCUAUAUAUAGU